CUGACUACUAGGUACUGAGCAUAUGGUACUGAACAAGAGACUCUAUAAUGUUACCUAUUCGAAACUCAACAGAUCCAAGUAUGCAGAAUUUAACAGCAAAGUGCCUACUGCAGAGUUAUGAAAUAUAAUCUCUUAAUUUGCAUGAGAGAGUUUCUACCUAACAUUUCAAUUAUCACUCGCUAAAGGGUGAUAAUUAUCCUUUGCCCAGGCUCAGAGCUAGUCAAGCUGCUUGUCUGGAGCGAUCAGGUGGUGUCUUCAGGAAUGUAGAAGCAAUCCUACUUCAGAGGAGAGCUGGGAACCUCAGGAAUGAUGUGAAAGUCAAAAUAAUGACAGCGGAAAACACUGUUCCAUGAUGUGAAGAAUUUUUUCAUCAGGCUCCAACUGGUCCUCUGUAAGGUAGCCCAUCUGCCAUGAUACUUGAUAUCUGGGCAUUUUUCUCUAUCAGCAUGCUCAGUAAUAUCUUUCUGAUCAUAGUACCUGGAGAAUUCAUAAUAAGAAUGUUGGGGAAUGUAUGCAUCAGACUGAUACACUGAUUGACUGGAUUAAGAAGACAAAGAUCUCUUCAGCAGACUACAUCCUCACCAGUCUAGCUAUUGCCUUAAUUCUUUGCUCAGUGUAAUGAUACUUGAUGGCAUCAUAUUGGUACUCUAUGCAGAUUUUUAUGAAGGGCCCUAUGGAGACAUGCCAAGGAAAUGAAACUCCCAGUUUCAUCUGAGCUCUGGAGACCCCAGCACAGAGGCCCAUGUGGGAACCCUGAAAACUGUGACUUCAUUUCUCUUCCACCUUUUUGUAUACUAUGGUUAUUUUUUACGACUGAAUAAUAUUUUUUGUAUUAUUAGUUCUGUAUUUGCCAUAUUUUGUAUCUACUCAUCUGUAAAUAUGCAUUUAGGUUGUUUCCAUAUUUUAGCCAUUGUGAAUAAUGCUGCAAUAAACAUGAGGGUGCAAAUAUCUCCUCUAGGUCAUUUUCAAUUAUUUUGGAUAAAUACCCACAAGCAGGGUUGCUGGAACAUAUGGUAGUUAUCUUUUUAAUUUUCUGAGGAACUUUCAUACUGUUUUUAUAGUAAGUGAACCGUUAGCAUCCAUGCUGUGUAACAGUGCUAUGUAUAUCACCAAAAAAUUUUUUUUAGUCUAAAACUUACUUAGGUAAAGGUAUUAUUAUCAUAGUCACUGUGGGCAUGUUUUAAACCAGGACACUGUGGAGAAGAAAAUGUACCUGCAUGUAUGUAAAUAGACUUGGGCUUUUUUUUCCUCCUGUUCAUCUGUCUCAUGUCAAUUUGAUUCUUGAGACCAGCUGGAAGUACCUUGAUGAGUAGAGGUAAUUUCUUUCCCCCCAACAGACUGUAAGGGGGUGGAAAGCAGAAUGAAAAUAGGAUUUUACUCUCCUCUUUCAUAUGCACAACUGUCUUUUAGAGCACCUUAAAUGCAAAGGAAAAAUCUAAGGGCGAUCAAUACUGUUCUUUGUUCAUGACUCUUUCAUCAUUCUAUACAUAGCAUCACAAACUAAAUGACCAUUAAAUGUCAUUUGAUUAAUUAGACAAUGCGCUAUUUUAACAGACCUUGUGCCCUAUAAUUGUUCAUCUGAACAACUAGGAAAAAUGAGCUAAAAUAUUUUUAGAACCAGAUAAUCACAUUUAGUGUUAACUUUCAAAAUUCCCUGACAAUAUACGGCUAUGUUAAUCCAACUUUAGAAUUUUAGUAGUGAUCAAUUAUUAUCAUUCAACAAAAUGAAGAUUCUUCUACAAAUUUCAAUUUUUACCCAUUUUACAAAUGCUAGAAAAUCCUUGAAGCUUAGCUUUGCCAAAUAAAACACAGAACACCCAAUUAAAUUUGAAUUUCAGUACUUCUGGAAGUACUAAUCUCAUGCAAUUGGGGACAUACACUAAACAAAUCAUUCAUUGUUUAUUUGAAAUUCAAAUUUAACUGGGUGUCCUGUAUUCUUAUUUGCUCUAUCUAGCAGCCCUAUCGAGGUUACCAGCAGAUUGAUGAAUGCAAAAUUUUCUAAACACAGCUUUAGGAAGACAGUGCAGGACCGUGAAAGGGAAUAGACCUAAUUUGCAUCUUAAAAUGUAGUUCUGCCUAAAUUAACCAUAUAUGGAAAAGUAAAACCUGCUGAGAAGGUAAAAAGACCUAGAGCAGCUAGACCAGGGAUCACCAAUCACAUUGCUUGUUGAGACUAAUUAGGAUUUGAUGAAGAUAACUACAGUCUUCACUGAUCACUCCAGUCUCCAUCACAAGACAGACUGCAAUAAAAGAGACAAAGAAAAUUACAGCAAAGUCCAAGAAGGAGGCAACGAUAUCCAACGACAUCAGUUCAACUAGAAAACGAAUUGGACAUUUCUGUAUUUUAACAUGCCAGAUACAGUGGAGAAUAGCUUAAUGCUCAUAGCAGCUGUAGAAUUUUCCAUGGGAAUCUUCGGGAAUGUAUUCAUUGCAGUGGUAAAUUUCAUGGACUGGAUCAAGAAGAGGAAGAUUGCCUCCAUUGAUUUAAUCCUCACAAGUCUGGCCAUAUCCAGAAUUUGUCUACUAUGUAUAAUACUACUUGAUUGUUUUAUUUUGGUGCUGUAUCCUGAUAUCUAUACUGCCGGUAAACAAAUGCGAAUCAUUGACUUCUUCUGGACACUAACCAACCAUCUAAGUGUGUGGUUUGCCACCUGCCUCAGCAUUUUCUAUUUCCUCAAGAUAGCUAACUUCUUCCAUCCCCUUUUCCUCUGGAUGAAGUGGAGAAUUGGCAGUGUGAUUCCUAGGAUCCUGCUGGGCUGCUUGGCCCUCUCUGUGUUUAUUAGCCUUCCUGUCAUUGAUAAUUUGAAUGAUGAUUUCAGGGGUUGUGUCAAGGCAAAGUGGAAAAGAAACUUGACUUUGAGAUGCAGAGUAAAUAAAGGUCAAUACGCUUCCAUCAAGAUAUGUCUUAACCUGUUGACGCUAUUCCCCUUGUCUGUGUCCCUGAUCUCAUUUUUCCUCUUGAUUUUCUCCCUGUGGAGACAUAAAAGGCAGAUGCAGCUCAGUGCUACAGGAGACCCCAACAUAGAAGCUCACGUGGGAGCCAUGAAAGCUAUCAUCUCCUUCCUCCUCCUUUUCCUGGUCUACUAUUUAGCCUUUCUCAUUGCCACCUCUAGCUAUUUUAUGCCAGAGACUGAAUUAGCUGUGACGAUUGGUGAGUUGAUCGCUUUAAUCUAUCCUUCAAGCCAUUCAUUUAUCCUAAUUCUGGGGAACAAUAAAUUAAAGCAAGCAUCUCUAAGGGUGCUAUGGAAAAUAAAGUAUAUCUUAAAAAGAAGACAUUUCUAACAACAUCAGCAGGUCUGAAAACAAACCAGCAUUUCUUAGGACAAAAGAAGACAGGAUGUUUGUUAAUUAUUUUCAGUUCUUGCACUAAUGUUGAUUUCAUAUAGUUAAUUACUCUAAAAGUGCAUUUAAUAUACUUGUAAUCAUAACCUAGGAAAUCUUAUGGAAAGCUGAUUUUGCUUGUCUCCUUGUCUCUUCUCUCUUUCUCCCUCCCUUCAGUUUUUUUAAAAACAUGCUUUAGAACAUAUAGAAGUUAAUAUCCAAAAAUAAAUUUUGAGGGGAGAAUUUUCAUAGUUAGUUCUAAAUCCUUUUCUCCAGAUGCAAAACUGUAAGACUAAUUCAGACAGAACACCUGUAACAGUAUCUUACUGUUAUUUGUAUCCCAAAGAAAAGUGGCUGGCUCAUCCUCAUAGUCUUAGCUACAUGUUUCUUCUCAGGUCAUCCCUUUAGAAAGACUCAAUCAGGUGAUAGUUUUUAGUCAA